UUCAGCCUGCGCAGUUCUCGCCGCCACAGAUGGUCUCUACAGCUCUUCUCCCUUCAACGAAUAGAAUGCACUUGCACACCUGAUUUGUGGGUAUAUCCCUGCGGUGACGAGUGGUGCUGUGGCUCUGCAAGUGCAUGCUAUUGAGGACUUCAGUCACCUCAGUGUGUUAGUUUAGCUUGGCGCCGAUCGAGAUGUCAUCGAUGCAGUUCUACCACUGUUCGUGUUUCUAUACGGAUAAUAUUUUUCUGCCAGAGUUCAAACUUCACAUUAGGUACAUGUCCGAAGAGCAGUUCCGACAGACGUACGGAGCGAUUUUGAGAAAUCGUGGCUGUUCGACGACUGAGCACUUCCAGAAAGUCUUAAAACAGAUUGAAAAGGAGAUUUAUCGAAGAAAGCUGCUUGACGAGGAAGUGAUAAAGAGAUCUGCAAUGAUUCGUGAGAUCUACAAACCGUUCCACCGACAUGUUUAUGUGCUACAGGAAUCCUACCUAGCCCCAGAAUUUCUAGAAAUUGUUACAUUUUCAAAGUGUGAAAAUGCCUCCGUGGACAGGCUGCCAAAGAGCAUCGUGCAGCUUGCAGCUCCAAGGACCUAUCGUAUACCUGUGUUUACUGAAGAGUUCUGCAGAGAUUUCAUUGAAGAACUGGAGAAUUUUGAGCAGUCGGAAGCACCAAAGGGAAGGCCAAACACAAUGAAUAACUAUGGGGUUUUACUAAAUGAACUGGGCUUUGAUGCCACCUUCCUGACUCCCCUCCGAGAGGCCUAUCUGUGCCCUGUGGCAUCGCUGCUCUUUUCUGAUUGUGGAGGGUAUACUCUGGACAGCCAUAAAGCGUUUGUGGUAAAAUAUGCUUUGCAGCAAGACUUGGAUUUGAGCUACCAUUACGACAAUGCGGAGGUCACUCUGAACGUGUCAUUGGGAAAAGACUUCACGGAGGGGAGCUUGUAUUUCGGGGACAUGAGACAGGUUCCAAUAAGUGAAACAGAAUGUGUCGAGAUUGGACACAAGACCACACAUGGCCUUCUGCAUCGUGGGCAGCACAUGCAUGGCGCUCUUCCCCUCACAUCCGGGCAGCGUUGGAAUCUUAUUAUAUGGAUGCGAUCCUCAGUGGUGCGCAACCAGCUAUGCCCCAUGUGCAAUAAGAAGCCGGAGCUGGUUGAAGGAGUCGGAUUUGCAGACGGCUUUACGAGAGAGGCGCCAACACCGAGUGCCAACACAGAGUCCUGUGUCGUGAUCUAAAAUGUGAGGCUGUGAAAUGUGGUCUAAUGCACUUUAAUCCAUAUUUAAAAUAAAAAAAAUACUACAUAUAGUUUAUAUGUGGAGGUGGGAUGUAACAGACAGUUACAAGUGGUCAGUGACAAAUGCAAUGCAUAUGUCCAUAUUAUAUGCCGUUUGGUAUGGGAUUCGUAAAAGUACUGUUAAUGUUUGU